AUGAGGGCCGCGCGAGCGCGAAGAUACUCGCGCUCCCCGCGUCGCGAAGCGCGAAAAGAGGUGGCCCAUCAGAUUUCCCAGCCAGCCAGAAGUUUGCCCGCCAUGGCCGACGGCGCGAAGGAGUCCGAGAUUCUGAAGGGGUAUGUGAAGAACGGCGACGUGGUGGGCAUCUGUGUCAGCGGCGGCCUGGACUCCAAGACGGUGGCGCUGCGUCUGAGGCUGGCCGGGGUAAAGGUCAAGUGCUUCACCGCUGACAUUGGCCAGCCUGAUGAGGAUGACAUCAGUGACGUGGUCAAGAAGAUGGCGCCGUGCGGAGUGGAGACGACAGUGGUCGACCUCAAGGACGACAUCGCGGAGUGCGCUUUCGAAUGCAUAGCUUGCAUGGCGAUGUACGAUGGAGGCUACUGGCAAUCCACUGGUGUUGGGAGGAUUGUGACCGCCCGUGGCUUGUUGCUGGCCAUGAAGAAGCAGGGCUGUACCGUUCUCUCCCAUGGCGCUACAGGCCGCGGCAACGACCAAGUGCGCUUUGAGCGGUACGCGAACGUGAUCGACCCGAACUUCAAGGUGUACGCCCCGUGGCGAGACCCCACCUUGCUGGAAGAAUUCCCAGGCCGGACGCAGAUGUUGGAGUACCUGCAGAAGCACAAUAUCGGCCAUCAGAUCGUCUCGCAGGCGAAGAAGCGCUACUCCACAGACGCCAACAUCUGUGGUCUCAGCAACGAGGCGGAGGACCUGGAGUCCAUGGAGACAUCCAUGACCAUCUGCAACCCGGUGAUGGGCGUCUGGCCGAAGGAUGCCCCGGAGAAGCCCGAAGAGGUGACUUUCAAGUUCCAGAGGGGACGCUGCGUGGCCAUCAACGGCACGGAGAUGACGCCCCUGAGAGUCAUCCAGGAGGCCAACAAGAUUGGCGGGCGCAAUGGCCUGGGCCUCUCGCACGCCCUGGAGAACCGGAUCCUGGGCACCAAGUCCCGUGGGGUCUACGAGGCACCCGGAAUGACCCUGCUGGGCCGAGCGCUCACGUACGUGUAUCAGUCUGUGUUGGACCGCCGCUCCACGGGCCUCUUCAAGACGCUCUCGAGCCACGUCGCAGAUCAGAUCUACGACGGGCGCUAUUUCGACCCCUCCACUCGUGUGGCCAUCAACGCCAUCUGGCAGUUGGCGGAGCCCGCGGACGGAACUGUCAAAGUUGAGCUGUAUAAAGGCAACGUCCACUUCUUGAGUUUGGUUGAUUGCCCGCACAGCCUGUACUUCGAGGCGGACUCUUCAAUGGAAGCAUCUGAGGGCUUGAACCCAGUGAGCUCGCAGGGUUUCUUGGAAGUCUCGGGUGUCGAGGCCAAGAGCAUGGCAAAGGCGGGCCUCAUCGACUACGGCAGCGUCUGGGCAAAGAGGCAGAAGAAGGCUUAA